GCUGAGCCUCAAGGCCACCGUUUGGUACAUGUCGACAGUUUUUGCGAGGGUUAAUUGAGGAAUUAGCUGUUGAAACUUUUCGAGACGACUCGCCCUAUUCAUUAUUCCACCGAGAUGGCAUACAGUCUUGCAUGCGUUUUACUGACUCAUAAAAAUGAAGAGGAGUACAGCAAACGACCAUUAACCCUGACCUUGUCCUCUUGGCCCUUACGAUGGAGCUUCUAUCUUCACCCACGACCUCACAAAGCGUGUCGGUACGUCGUAACGGCUACGGAAUCUGCGGCGGAGCAAUUAUAUCCCCGACCGAGAUCAUCACUGCGGCGCAUUGUGUCUCCUCGGUAUCGGCAGAACGUUACCAGAUUCUUGCGGGUGCCACCGACUUCCGCAAUUUGAAGAACUCAACUCAAGUUCGAAGGGUGUCAGAAAUCCUCAUUCAUCCGAAAUACGCUGGUCUUAUUGCUGUUCGCUAUGAUGUAGCUUUGCUGCGACUCGAUGGAGCGCUCGAUUUCGUCGGCUCCAAGGGACUUGUGGCACCGAUUUGUUUGCCCAGAAGAUCAUAUCAGGUCAAAGGGGACGUAAUCAUUACAGGCUGGGGCCGAACCAAGGAAGGUGGUAACACGUCUAAGGUUCUAAACGCUGUUACCGUUCCGGUAAUGUCGGACACCAUGUGUCGACUCUACCUUUCGCGACGGCUGGUAACAAUCCUGUUUGCGCCGUACGACGGCAGCAGUAUGUUCUGUGCUGGACGAUUUCAAGGGGGCGUCGACUCGUGUCAAGGUGAUUCCGGUGGACCAGCUGUUCAGACCGUCGAUGGACGAGCAACACUUGUGGGUAUCGUUUCUUGGGGUUUCGGUUGUGCGCGUAUGAUGUCACCGGGAGUAUACGCCGAGGUUGCUAAGUUCAUGGAUUUUAUCGAUGAUCACUCUGUUCUCAAAGGAAGCGUUGAAGCUCGAAGGAGUACGACCGUGCGACCUACUAUCAUACCAGAAGGUCUGCAAAUACACCUGCCGGCAAACCUAACACUUCUCAAGCCAUUGCUAGAAAACGAUGAAGCCGAUUAUAUCAGUCCGGAUCAACUGCCCAACAAUCGUUUGUAGUAAUAUAUUCCACAGAUUAAAAACAGGUCGACAAUACAGACAACAGCAUAUAUCUUCAUGAAUGCUGAGAGUCUAUCAUUCCAUAGUACUAUUUUUGAUAAAAUAGAAAAAUACGAAAUGCGCGUAGGGCCAAUUUGAAGGUCUUAAUAAAACCUUAAUGCAAACUGACAAAACGUCUAAUGUUUGAACGGUAUAAGGUGAAAAUUAUCGCAGAACAAGGUGUUUUUUCGAUAGUAAAACCAGAAUAUAUUUCUUGAAUCAUAUGUCAUA